GGGCAUAAAACUUGCUAUUGCGCCGAAGCCACCGCUACGCACAUCAUAACCGCUCCCUCUGCCCUCCUCCUAGAGCAACAGAAAGACGGUUCACGGAAUUCACCUAUUCUUACGGAAUACGCUCCCGCAAGCAGCGUGACCAUAGUUUUCCUUUACGACGAUCAACAUCUUAGCUGGCCCCUGUCCUGGCACCAUCGAUCUCUCUUAAUGGCGAGCCCGGCAGAUGACCGGGAACCGGAGGCGCCAAAGAAGAAGAAGGAGAAGAAUAGAAGACCUGCAGGUACGGAUCUUGUCCCUCCUUUUGUGCUGGUUUGUCGUCGGGGCAUGUGGCUAACUGGACGGUGAUGAUUUAGACACACCAUUUAGGCAGCAACGAUUAAAAGCCUGGUAGUUCGUUACCCUUCCCCUCUUCUCUCUCCUAUCCACCGUAUCUAGCUUCCAAAUAGCUUACCCUUAUAGCCCCAUCCUAACGCCACGAACCGUCCUCCCCCUCUUCUUCGCCGUAGGCAUCGUCUUCGGCCCGAUUGGCGGACUCCUUCUCUGGUCAAGCACCCGAGUUCAAGAACUCGUAAUCGACUACACAAGAUGUAUAGAAUCUACUAGCGAAGAGCUAACUACUGUCCCCUCCUCGGCCGUGAAAUAUUCCUUUACGACACCACUCGACCCCAAGGACUUGCCAAGAUGGUCCGUGCACACCCGCCCAGCACUCUACGACCCGGAGGAGGAGGAAAGAGUCUGCAUGAUCGAAUUUACCAUACCAAACGAGAUGAAGGCCCCGGUGCUAAUGUACUACCGCCUCACAAACUUCUUCCAGAAUCACCGUCGUUACGUGGUUUCACUCGACGAGGGGCAGUUGAAGGGAGAGGUGAGGAGCUACGAUGACCUGGACGGAUCGGGCGGUUGCACACCGCUGGCAGGCGCGGACGGAGUCCCGUAUUACCCUUGUGGGCUCGUCGCCAAUUCUAUGUUUAACGACUCCUUCACUUCCCCCGUUCGCGUGCGGGAUGGGAUAAAUUCUCCAGGGGAGGAGUACCUCAUGACGAAUAAAGGCAUCGCUUGGGGCGCUGAUAGGGAGCGGUACAGAAAGACGCGCUACCGUCCUGACCAGGUUAUCCCUCCAAGGAACUGGGUCAAGCGAUUCCCGCAGAACUACACGGAGGAGAACAUGCCCAACAUUCACGAGUGGGAGGAAUUCCAAGUCUGGAUGCGCACUGCUGGCCUGCCCACGUUCUCUAAGCUCGCCCUGCGAAACGAUGCACAGGCCCUGCGAGAAGGUAAGUAUAGGGUUAACGUCACGUACAACUUCGAAGUCAUGAACUUCACCGGCACCAAAUCCAUCAUGUUAUCCACUAGGACAGUCAUGGGUGGCAGAAAUCCCUUCCUGGGAAUUGCCUAUGUGGUUGUCGCGGGAUUGUGCGUGGUGCUCGGAACGUUGUUCACCGCGAGGCAUUUUUGGAAACCCAGGUAUUUAUUUACCCAAUCCUUCUCGUGCAUUCUGGUUGAGCGGGGUUGUGGAAGCUAAUGAAUAAUUGGAAUUAUCUAGGAAACUCGGCGACCCGAAGUACUUGACGUGGAAUAACGAGCCCACCAGCGGGUCGCAUGCCCCCACUCCUGCUGGGCAGGAGACUCAGUAGCUUUUCCUGUCCACCUUUCCUGAUUUAUUUUUAUUUUUAUUUUGGGUGUUUUUUAUCGUCUCGGGUUUCAAUUUCAAUUUCGAUUCCAUCCCCCCCUAGUCUUCUGGGGAAAAUAUACACCGGUUUACUCUUUAUUCUUCCCCAGUGUAUCUUCAAAGAAUUUGCCUGCUCUUCUUUUGCUGCGAAAGGUUCUUUUUCGUAUUUUUAUUAUUUCCCCUUUGGUUUCUGUUCUUAAUGCAUUCACUUUGGACCCAUUUUAGCCUCAUAGUGAUAUCCGGUGUGGGGUAUGAAUAGAUAGUCUUCGUGUUCAUGAGCAAUCACUCGGUUACGUUCAAGUAGCACAUCUUUCCUUCA